CCGCGCAUGCGCACCAGAGACCGUGCGGGCGCUUGGUAGGGUAGGAUCGUACCUUGUUUGCGUGUGUUAUUUUAUUUUUAAAAACUUGUUUUUACGUUUUGUUCACAAUGCCUAAUGAUAGCCUUCGUUGGGAAACGUUAGAGGCUCUAAAAAACUCACCAAAGGGAAAUAUCACAUUUAACCCGUAUUGGUCGGCGAGAGGUGAGGACAUUUUGUCAGGUUAUGAAGACUCGCUCAGUUUGUCAUCGCAGUCUGGAGUCAUACUGCAAAACCUCAACUCCAAGUCCCCACAGGCGGCUGUUGGUUUGAGUUUUAGCUCUGGUCAGUCCAGUCCUGGGUUGACUGUCUCUGUGUCCUCCAAUGGAUCAACCCAUGAUGUAACAGUCAAGCACAACACAAUCAGUCUAACACUAUCUUUGAAGGCUGAGGAAGAACAGAAUGAUGAUGAAAACCACCAGGCUCCAAAAAGCAAUGUCGAUGAAAUCAUCAGUCCCUUGUCCUCGCCAACUAUGUCCUUGCUCUCCCCUGAAGCCAUGGCGAUGGCUGGAUCCAUUCUUACAUUUGAAGAGGAGCAACAUAAAAAAGCAAAGAUGGCAUUCAGAGUACAUCAGGAGCGGCUGGAGAAGCUGGUGAUGAUGGUGGCGACUGCUGAGUCGGAGCAGCUGAAGCGCUUCGAGGAACUCAUGGAGUUGAAGCAGAGACAAGAAUACCAGAGCAUGCUGGAUAUGAUAGAUAGAGAAACAAAAGAGAGCAUUGGACGUCAAGAGAAGCUGAAGGAAGAGCAACGCCACAGAUUGAAGAUCCAAAAUCUCCGCCUGAGAGAGGUGGAGCAGCAGCGUCUGAGGGAGGCAGAGCUGGAACGACAGCGGCUGGUUGAAGGCAAAGAGAGGCUGCGGAACCUCAACUCCAUUCAAGAGGAAAUCCUGCAGCUCAACCAGCUUCUGGAACCCUCAACCCAGACUCAAACCGCUGUCCUAUCAAGUGUUGGCACCUACAGCACUCGUGGGAACCAACUGUGCUCCCAGGUGUCCGAGGUUGUUCGAAAGACAGCAGAGGGGCAAUAUCCCAGCGUGGAAGACAUGACGGUGGCAGAGAGGGCCCUACAUGAAAUGCGGACUCAGAUCCGCUUAAUGCAGGAAGAAGCAGCCAAAGCUCAGGAAGAGGAGAAGAAGAAAGAGUUGGCGGAGUCUCAGAGGAAGCUGGUGGAGCUGAAGACGCAGCAGGAAGCACAAAAGAAGGCGGAGCAGUUAGCCAAAGAGCGAGCACAGAAGCAAGGGCUGCAGAACAGUGCAGACGACACCACAUUGAAGUGGUACAAGGAGUUGCAGGAGUCUCUCACUCAGUGCAUUCAGUCCAUUGAACAACUCAGCUCAUCAAAAGAUGUCCAGACAAAGAAACUAAAGUUGGAGCUCCAAAAAGCCGCUACCAUACCCAUCAGUCAAAUCUCCUCCAAUUCUGGAUCUCGGCUUCGAGAAAUCUUUGAAAAGAUCGACAAGUUGCUGUCUGGACACGCGGUGGUGUCAGGGGGGAAGUCAAUAUCCCCCUCCCAUCACCCACAGGGCUUGGACUUUGUGUAUUGCAAAGUGGCGGAGAAAUUUGUGAAACAAGGUGAGGAAGAGGUGGCGUCUCAUCAUGAAGCAGCCUUCCCUAUCGGCGUGGCAGCCUCGGGGAUCUGGCAGCUGCACCCCCGCUUUGGUGACCUCUUCCUCGCCCACCUGCACAAAAAAUGUCCUUAUGCGGUCCCACAUUAUCCCCGAAUGAAGGAUGGCACACCUGUGGAUGAAUAUCAGAGAAUUCUUGGUUACCGUGUUGAUGACUCUGGGGUUGAAGGCCAAGACAGUUUCCUGAAAAGGAUGUCCGGCAUGAUCCGCCUCUACGCUGCCAUCAUCCAACUGAGGUGGCCAUUUGACUCCAAGCACACGUCACCCACUCAUGGUCUGAAUCAUGGUUGGCGCUGGUUGGCUCAGAUGCUCAACAUGGAGCCUAUUGCAGACAUCACUGCGACGCUACUGUUGGACUUUCUUGAGGUUUGCGGCCACGCUUUGUUAAAAAGCUAUCAAGGGCAGUUCUGGAAAGUCCUCCUGCUUCUGAAAGAGCAAUACUUACCCAGAAUCGAAGCCGUGACCAGCAGUGGACAGAUGGGCUCAGUCUCCAGACUUAGAAUAUUCCUUGAGAAUUUGUUUCAAGAAGGGCAGAUCAGUCCACCCAAAGGCCAGCUGACAUCCAUAUUCUGGAGGUCAUGAGGUUGGAAGAGAAUGCGUUGACUUUGGAAGAAGCCGCUCGAAGCGACAUUUGAAAUAUUGCUCAGCAACACAGUCACCUUCCAAGACCAUGGAAAGAGGAUGGACUUUGUCUGCAACCUCAUACUGGACUUGGCCUUUUGUAAUGUUUUGCCCUCCAAGAUACUGAUAAAUAUGAUGCUGGAAAAUAUCAAUUUGGUAUGUGUCAAUUUUGAUCAUGACACCCAAGACGGAAAAAAAAA